AACCAAAUAUCUCACUCUCCCUGCUCCUCUUCUUCUUGUUUUUCUCCUAACUAAUAAUAAUAGUAGUAAUAAAUAAAGAGUAAUAUUUCAAUGACUAGACCGCUUAAAAAAUUCAAACCAAAUAAAACCUUGACACUUUUUCAUUUCUUCACUAAACUCCAAACUUAAAUACCUGAUACCAUAUAGAACCAUACAUAUUAAUAUUAUUAAUAGUAUUAUCUAUUUCAUUUUAUAUAUAUGAUUGCCGGCGAUGCCGACGCCGGUAACCGUUGCUCGGCAAUUCCUCACCGACGAAGCCGCGCGUGCACUAGACGACGCAGUAACAGUCGCCCGCCGUCGUAGCCACUCGCAAACCACCUCACUUCACGCCGUCUCCGCCUUACUCUCCCUCCCAUCUUCCUCUCUCCGAGAAGCCUGCUCCCGUGCUCCCGUUCGAUUCCCGCCGCAUCCGUCAUUUUCACACCGUCUCCAGUUUCGAGCACUCGAGCUCUCCGUCUGCGUGUCUCUCGACCGGCUCCCGUCGUCGAAAGGAUCAACGACGGAGGAGCCGCCGAUUUCGAAUUCACUCAUGACCGCAAUCAAACGGUCACAGGCCAAUCAGCGGCGUCAUCCGGAGAGUUUCCAUUUGUUUAAUCAGUAUCAAAAUGGAACGUCGUCGUCUAUGUUGAAAGUUGAGCUUAAGCAUUUCGUUGUAUCGAUUCUUGAUGAUCCGAUUGUGAACCGUGUUUUUGAUGAAGCUGGAUUUCGAAGCUGUGAUGUUAAGCUCGCGUUGCUUCAACCACCGCCUCAAGUUCGUUCUUCUUCAAUGAAAGAACUCUGCUCUAAAUCCAGUUUGAUGGGGUCCUUUGUUCCAUUUGGUGGAUUCUUUUCUACACCUUCUGAGAGCAAAAAUCUUGCAAGCUCUUCAAAUGCAUCUUUUACUCGCUGUGACAAAUGCAAUGAAAAGUACGAACAAGAAGUUGCCAAUGUUUUGAAGGUAGAUCCUACUACUCUGUCAUCUAGUUGCUCAACAAGCUUGCCUUGGUUUAAAAAGGAUGUUGAUGUGGAUACACAUGGAGGACUUGAUGUGGCAAAGACUAAUGAAGAAAAUACAAGCUUGAAUGAUAAGAUAUUGGGAUUUCAAAAGAAGUGGAAUGAUAUUUGUCAACAACUUCAUCAAACAAGGGCUCAGGUUCUAUCACUUGAGGGUUUUCGGUGUGGUUCAGGUUUUAUUGAAAGCAGCAGUAAAGAUCCAUCACUUAAUGGACUCCAAUGUUCUAAUACAUUUUCCUUCAUGCCUAAAAAUUUGGAUGGUGCUUUUCCAUCAAAAAAGUUAUCUCCGGCUCUAGUACAUACUGAUACAAUCAGUGUUGAUGUUGGAACUGAUCAUGUGCAGAAAGAUACAGAGACUCAGGAAAUUGAUUUGACAACUCCUUGGGCCGCCCCUUCACGUAUGGCCAAUAGUUGUGUGCUUGAUAACAAAUCAUCUUCGUCCCUUACUUCUGUGGCCACAGAUUUAGGAUUGGGAACGUUAUAUACAUCAACACCAAAUGCUUGCAAGCCAGAUACCCCAAGGGUUCAGGAUAAAAUAAAGCAUUUUGAGCGUGUGUCAGAUUCUGCUUCAGCUGAUUGUGUUGCUAUUCAGGGAAAUACAUCACACCAGAUUGCUAGAUCUUCCUGCUCUGUUUCAAAGUUGUCAGCUAAAUUUGAUUCCGUAGAUUUUAAGUCUCUUAAUAAACUUCUCUUUGAAAAGGUUGGCUGGCAGGAUCAGGCCAUAUGUGAUAUCAGCCGAACUUUGUUCCUUCGAAAAUCCGGCGAAGGAAAGAGUAGAGACUCACAUGGUAGAGCAGACAUAUGGUUUGCUUUCCUUGGACCAGAUAGAGUUGGAAAAAAGAAAAUUGCUUCAGCUCUUGCAGAGGCUAUAUUUGGAAAUACAGAAAGUGUAAUCUCUCUGGAUCUAGGUUUCCAGGACAGAUUUUCCCAGUCAAACUCAAUUUUCGAAUGCCAAAAAUCAUUUUCUUAUGAUGUGAUUAUUAGGAAGACAGUUGUGGACUAUAUUGCUGGGGAGUUGAGUAAAAAUCCUCAUUCCGUUGUCUUUCUCGAUAAUGUGGAUAAAGCUGAUUUUCUGGUGCGGAGUAGUUUGUUGCAGGCAAUAAGAAGAGGUAAAUUUCCAGACUCACGUGGAAGGGAGAUUAGCAUCAGCAAAACAAUCUUUCUUUUAACCUCGUCUGUCUGUAAAGGCAACGGCUCUUCUGCAUGGGACGACAGUAAAAUGUUUUGUGAGGAAACAGUCCUAGAAGCCAAAAGAUAUCAAAUGCAGCUAUUACUUGGAGAUACAUCUGAGGAUGCCAAAAGAAGCUGUAGUACAAAUAUCAAGAUUGUGUCGCGAAAAGGGUUUUCAAAACCUUCAUUUCCGAACAAAAGAAAGCAGGUUGAUAUAAGUGACUUCAAAGAGGAGGAAACAACAAGCAAGAUGCAAAAACAGGUUUGCGAGACAUCAAUCCCCAAUCUUGAUUUAAAUAUGCCUCUAGAAGAGCACGAAGAGGGUAUGAAUGACAACGACCGUGAACACAAGUCUGUAGUGGAUAACUCAGACUCCUGGUUUAGUGAUUUAUGCAAUCAAAUGGAUGAAAAAGUGGUUUUCAAGCCAUUCCAUUUUGACGAGCUUGCCCAGAAAUUAUUAAAAAACAUUAGCAUACAAUUUGAAAGGGCAUUUGGUUCAGAGUUUCAGUUGGAAAUUGAUUAUGAGGUAAUGACACAGAUUCUUGCAGCUGCUUGGUUAGCAGACAAGAAAAACUCGGCGGAGGAUUGGGUAGAAAGUGUUCUUGGCAAAAGCUUUUUUGAAGCUCAGAAGAAAUACCAUCCUGCAGAUAAAUAUGUUGUGAAGCUAAUUAACUGUGAAUCUAUUUUUGUGGAAGAUCCUGAUCUUGGAGCAUGCCUUCCAGCUAGCAUUAACAUGAAGUAAUUUUUUUUGUUUACUAUGUAGUAUGAUUGUAAUUACUUGUAAAAUGUAGCUUUUAGAUAUAACAUAUGGUAGUUGGUAGCAUUGUUCAGCUAAUUAAUCUCACAUUUUUUAAUGUAUUGAUUUUUGUGUUGUAAGUUCUGUGAUACAAGAAUGUGUAGUUUUUCCGGUAACAUGUCCUUUCUUUCUAACUUCCUUUAAAUGUAUUGUACCCUAAAAUAUUUGUUUGCAAGUGUUAUAUUGCAGUAAUAUGGCAUUAUUCUUCGCACCACAACUCU